GGACUCUCCGGCCACGGCGAGGUGGCUGCAAACUCGCGGGCCCGCACGGCGCUCGGGGAGCCGAGGGACUCGGGGGAGGGGACGCGCGCGGAAGGCGCCAGCUUCCUGUCGCCCGCCCCUGGCAGCCGCGAGCCGAGGCUGGAGGCACCCGGGGCCCCAGGCGGGCAGAGCCGAGCGGCGGCGGUGGCGGCUUCCUUUUUCGCUCGCAUCCGAGCCCUGGAGCGGCUCGGGGACCGGCCCUCACAGGAGCAGGAAAUCUUGUUUACCGCCGGGGAGAGGAGCCGAUCGAGCCUUUGUCUGGAAAGUCCGCAUCUCCAGCUCGGGCUGCAAGGCACUGCUGGUGACAUGGGCGUGUAGGCAGACCGGCCGGAGCGGGGAGGUCGCCCGGUUCACGCCGCCUUUCGGAGGUGGAUCGAGCGGGUGACUUGUGCAUUCGUUUUAAUUUUCGGGAAUCUCUUUUUUUCCUCCCUUGCCCGCUGCCUGGCAUGUCCUGAUCGCCAGGCGGCCGCUCCCACCGCCCCGGGCUGCCGAUCGGAGCGGUCACCAGGUGGGUCCCCCUUCCUCCCUCCCUGACUUUGCCACCCCGCGUUCGGGGAGGACCGACCUCAGCGAGGAAGGCGGCGGGGGCGCCACGAACACCGGGUCCCCAACCUUGACAUGCUCCCGGGCCGAGAGGAGGAAGCCAGGAGCUGAGCGCAGCGCCGGAGCUGCGUGGCCGGCCGGCUCCGAGGGCCGGGCUCCGGGCGCCCUGUGCUCCGCCUGGGCGGCAGCCUCGUCGGUCCAGGGGGCGCCCCCAGCUGCUUGCUCCGGGGGUCCGCGGCCGGCAGGACCAUGCUGCUCAAGGAGUACCGGAUCUGCAUGCCGCUCACCGUGGACGAGUACAAAAUCGGACAGCUGUACAUGAUCAGCAAGCACAGCCACGAGCAGAGCGACCGGGGAGAAGGGGUGGAGGUCGUCCAGAACGAGCCCUUCGAGGACCCUCACCACGGCAACGGGCAGUUCACCGAGAAGCGGGUGUAUCUCAACAGCAAACUGCCUAGUUGGGCUAGAGCUGUUGUCCCCAAAAUAUUUUAUGUGACAGAGAAGGCUUGGAACUAUUAUCCCUACACGAUUACAGAAUACACAUGUUCCUUUCUGCCGAAAUUCUCCAUCCACAUAGAAACCAAGUAUGAGGACAACAAGGGAAGCAAUGACACCAUUUUUGACAAAGAAGCCAAAGACCUAGAGAGAGAAGUUUGCUUUAUUGAUAUUGCCUGCGAUGAAAUUCCAGAACGCUACUACAAAGAAUCUGAGGAUCCUAAACACUUCAAGUCAGAGAAAACAGGACGGGGACAGUUAAGGGAAGGCUGGAGAGAUAGUCAUCAGCCCAUCAUGUGCUCCUACAAGCUGGUGACCGUGAAAUUCGAGGUCUGGGGGCUUCAGACCAGAGUGGAACAAUUUGUACACAAGGUGGUACGAGACAUUCUGCUGAUUGGACAUAGACAGGCUUUUGCAUGGGUUGAUGAGUGGUACGAUAUGACAAUGGAUGAUGUUCGGGAAUACGAGAAAAACAUGCAUGAACAAACCAACAUAAAAGUUUGCAAUCAGCUCUCCUCCACUGUGGAUGACAUAGGGAGCCAUGCCCAGACAAGUGGUAAUCUCAAGACGGGGCUGCAGGCUGUGCAUACACGUAGCCUGAGCAGCGAAGGGGAGGUGAGACAUGACAAUGGAUGAAGUCCGAGAAUUUGAACGAGCCACUCAGGAAGCCACCAACAAGAAAAUUGGCGCUUUCCCACCUGCCAUUUCUAUCUCAAGC